GGCGUAGAGAGGCCGCUAGAGAGCAGCCAGAGUCUGCAAUGAGCUGAGAGCUGGCAGGGGGAACUGGUCGUGGCAGAGCAGAGAUGUAGUGCAGCUCUCUUGGACUCCGUGGCCAGCCGUCUAUCACUCUCACCGGGGAACAUUUGUCCGACAUUACCGCGGAAUAGGAAUGACCGGAUUAUCUUUUUUGCACACCUAUACUGCAUGAAUGUGUCGCGUAAUGCGGCCGAGGAGAGCUGACUUUGGGGGGAAAUAUUUAUGUUUCGGGACGGUUUUGUUGGAGUAGCUAGUUGCUAGCGCUGGGCUAGCGACUGUGCUGUCUACUUCCUAACGUAUUUGUUAAGAUGCUUCGGUGGAUACGACAACAGCUGGGCUUUGACCCCCCCCAUCAAAGUGACACCAGGACGAUUUAUGUAGCAAACCGCUUCCCCGAGCAUGGCCACUACAUACCGCAACGCUUUGCUGACAACAGAAUCAUCUCCUCCAAGUACACAGUUUGGAAUUUCAUCCCUAAGAAUCUGUUCGAGCAGUUCAGAAGGAUAGCCAACUUCUAUUUUCUCAUUAUCUUCCUUGUACAGCUAAUGAUAGACACCCCAACUUCCCCCGUCACCAGUGGCCUGCCUCUCUUCUUUGUGAUCACAGUAACUGCCAUAAAACAGGGCUACGAGGAUUGGCUGAGACACAAGGCAGACAACGAAGUGAACGGGGCUCCAGUGUUUGUGGUUCGCAGUGGAUGUCUCGUCCAGACAAAAUCCAAGAACAUCAGAGUGGGGGACAUUGUCCGAGUGGCUAAAGAUGAGACGUUCCCAGCUGACCUGGCGCUGCUGUCUUCAGAUCGUGAGGACGGCACCUGUCACAUCACCACAGCCAGCCUCGAUGGAGAAACAAACCUUAAGACUCACUUCUCUGUGGCGGAGACAUCAGUGUGUCAGUCGGUGACCCAACUGGAGGCUCUGCAGGCUGUGGUGGAGUGUCAACAACCAGAAGCUGACCUGUACAGGUUUGUCGGUCGGAUUACGAUUACUCAGCAAGAUGAGGAGAUAGUCAGACCGCUGGGUCCUGAGAAUUUGCUGCUACGAGGAGCCAGGUUGAAAAACACCAAAGAGAUUUUUGCUGUGGCGGUUUACACAGGGAUGGAGUCCAAGAUGGCGCUCAACUAUAAGGGCAAGUCUCAGAAGCGCUCUGCAGUGGAGAAGUCCAUGAACACCUUCCUCCUCAUCUACCUGGGCAUCCUGCUGUUCGAAGCCAUCCUCAGCACCAUCCUGAAGUACGCCUGGCAGGCUGAGGAGAAAUUGGACGAGCCUUUCUACAACCAGAAGACUGAACAAGAGAGAAACAGCAGUCCGAUCUUGAAGUUUAUCUCAGACUUCCUGGCAUUUCUGGUCCUCUAUAACUUCAUCAUCCCCAUCUCGCUCUACGUUACUGUGGAGAUGCAGAAGUUUCUUGGCUCCUUUUUCAUUGGCUGGGAUUUGGACCUUUACCACGAGGAGACCAACCAGAAAGCUCAGGUCAACACAUCUGACCUCAACGAGGAGCUGGGACAGGUGGAGUAUGUGUUUACAGAUAAGACGGGUACGCUAACGGAAAACGAGAUGCGCUUCCGUGAGUGUUCAAUCAAUGGCAUCAAGUACCGGGAAGUUAACGGCAAGCUGGUGCCGGAGGGAAUGACUGACGAUUCACCAGACGGCUCUUCACCUCACCUGACGGGUGAGGAAUUAUUAUUUCUCAAGGCGGUGUCCUUGUGUCACACGGUUCAGAUCAGCUACGAUCAGCCAGACAGGGGCGGAGACCCAUUCUCCCAUUCAAAUGGUUUCUCUUCCAAUCACAUAGAGUACUACGCCUCUUCACCCGACGAGAAAGCUUUAGUAGAGGCAACAAAGAGGCUGGGAGUGGAAUUCACUCGCUGUAGUGGAGAGACCAUGGAGAUCAAAACAUUUGGCAAGUCAGAAAAAUACAAACUGCUCCAUGUGUUAGAGUUUGACGCUAACCGCAGGAGGAUGAGCGUCAUACUGCAGACUCCCUCAGGUGGCCAAGUGCUGUUCACCAAGGGCGCUGAGUCGGCCAUCUUGCCUUUCGCUACCAGUGGUGAGAUCGAAAAGACGAGACUACACGUUGAUGAGUUUGCCUUGAAAGGAUUGCGGACCUUGGUUGUAGCAUGUCGUCACUUCAGCCCGGAGGAGUACAUUGAUGUGGACAGGCAUCUGAACGCAGCCCGCACCGCGCUGCAGCAGAGGGAGGAGCGGCUGCAGGAGGCCUUCAGCUACAUCGAGAGAGACCUGCAUCUCCUUGGAGCAACGGGGGUCGAGGACAAACUCCAAGAGAAAGUACAGGAGACCAUCGAGGCUCUGCGUCUGGCAGGGAUCAAAGUAUGGGUGCUGACAGGGGACAAACAUGAGACGGCGGUCAGCGUCAGCCUGUCCUGCGGACACUUCCACAGAACCAUGAACAUCCUGGAGCUCCUGCAGCAGCGCUCUGAUAACGACUGUGCUGAGCAGCUCCGCAGACUGGACAGGAGGAUCAAGGAGGACCAUGUCAUACAGCACGGGUUAGUCGUGGACGGGGCCAGCCUGUCUUUAGCGUUGAGGGAACACGAGAAACUCUUUAUGGAAGUGUGUAAAAACUGUUCAGCUGUGCUGUGCUGCCGCAUGGCCCCACUGCAGAAAGCUAAGGUGGUGCGUCUAUUAAAAACCUCCCCAGAGAAACCAAUCACCCUAGCUAUUGGGGACGGAGCCAAUGAUGUCAGUAUGAUACAGGAAGCUCAUGUGGGCAUAGGUAUCAUGGGCAAGGAGGGUCGUCAGGCCGUGAGAAACAGUGACUAUGCAAUCCCCAGGUUUAAGUUCCUGGCUAAACUUCUGCUGGUCCACGGUCACUUUUACUAUAUUCGAAUAGCUACGCUUGUACAGUACUUUUUCUACAAGAACGUGUGUUUUAUCACGCCCCAGUUUUUAUACCAGUUCUUCUGUCUGUUUUCACAACAAACUCUGUAUGACAGUGUUUAUCUGACACUGUACAACAUCUGCUUCACCUCGCUUCCCAUCCUGGUGUUCAGCCUAUUUGAACAGCUGGUCCAUCCACACGUACUGCAGAAUAAACCUGGCCUGUACAGGGACAUCAGCAAGAACUCCCUGCUGUCUUUCCGGACGUUCCUGUACUGGACUCUGUUGGGCUUCUGUCACGCCUUCAUCUUCUUCUUCGGAUCCUACAUACUGAUGGGAGAUGACACCACGCUCAUGGGCAAUGGACAGAUGUUUGGGAACUGGACAUUUGGAAUGUUGGUGUUCACGGUCAUGGUCAUCACAGUCACAUUAAAGCUUGCUUUAGAGACUCAGUUCUGGACAUGGAUGAACCAUUUUGUGACGUGGGGUUCAAUUGCCUUCUACUUCAUCUUCUCCCUCUUCUAUGGAGGCAUCAUCUGGCCCUUCCUCCACACGCAGGACAUGUACUUUGUAUUCAUGCAGCUUCUGUCCAGCGGCUCUGCCUGGUUCGCCAUCAUCAUCAUCGUCAUAACUUGCCUCCUCCCCGAUGUGGUGAAGAAGGUGUUCUACCGACAUCUGCAGCCUACCAGCACACAGAAGAGUCAGUCUCUAUCAGCCCCCCCGGCCCUCAGCUGUGUGGAGUCCCUGUGCUGCUACCAACAUGGGCAGAGCGGCUGUUCCCGCCUGGCCUCCCUCCUGGAGCAAAUGACCGGGCAGUGCCAGGCCAGCGCCAGCAAUUCUCACGCAUCCAGCCGCAGCAACAGGUCUUGGAGCGACACGGAGAACUUCUGCUCCAGCGACCGCAGCAUCCUGACGCUGUCGCCCAUCGAGGUCACCCACUGCUGACCCCCGGGGUGGCUGACUGUGACACACUGAGCUUGGGGGGGGCUCCUUUUUAUGCGAACCCCUUACCCUGCAACCAUUUCGUAAAGCUUCUCCGGUUUAAGAUCAAUGCUGGACGCAACGCGGUCAAACCAAAGGGCUUCAGCUUGUAGUAGUUUAAUACCUGAACUCUAGAAAGGUUGAGAAGGACGUCAGAUGGAAGCUUCUCCAGUAGGAAGACCAUUCAGCGUUUGAGCGGCAACCGUUAUCAGAUUCCUGCUGUUCAUAGGGUCCUUCGACAUGAUCUGAAACACCUUACUUAAAGUAAAGACAUCUCUACUUUCAGAUCAGUUACAUAACUCUCAUCGGGCUAUUUAUUCAUCAUUCUCAGCAGUCUUACGUACUUUGUAGACUCAAAAGAUUUCUGGAGAUCUGGACUUUUGCUAGCUAACGUCAGGCGGUAGCUAAGGACUUUAUCCUGGUUUGGACAUGCUAAAUAAACCCAAGACAGGGCGUAUAGAAACCAGCCGCCACAAUCGUCCAUGUAGCUGAUGUGAGCUAGCAGCUUGUGUUGCAUCAACAUCAACUUCCUGUUUGAGCUGCACCUUGGACCCUCCCCCAGAUGGAAAGGAAAAAAGCUUCCCAGUCGUGUAGCUUUCUGUUUUAUCCAGACAGAUCUCCUGUAAUACUGUACGAGGAGAUUCAUCUCUACCAAAGACCAAAGGACUGAAGUGUGAAAGAAAAAGUGUUUAUUUUUGUGCCUGAUUGGACAGAAGCUUAUAUCGUUGUUAGGAAGACUGUUGUUAUUGUGCUGCUUUCCCCCCCCCCCCCCCCCACCCGCUGCAUUGCAGUGAAGCAGGCCGGCGGCUGGGGUCUGUUUAAAAAGCCAUAUAUUUUCAAGAAGUUAUAUUCUAGGUAGAUUCUAAAGAGGUACUGCAGAUAGAAGCUGUGUUUCCAGAUACGUUCCCCCAGAAUGCCUUUUUCUGGCAUCUCAGCGUUAAAGAACGUGAUGCUCAGGGAAUAUUUAAGACAAAAAGGAUCAAUUUCUCCCUGCUAGAGUUGCCUGAAAAUAUUCCCUGAGCAUCGGAUGAGUUUUUAUUUCAGCGAGACAGAAACGGCUUUAAUGGAGAGAUGCUUUUCCGGACCGCUGCUCGACCCAAACAGAAGAAUGUCUCUACGUUUUAGAGGAAUAGCUAUAUCAGAUAAAUAUCAUUCAGCUUCUACAGAGAUGGAAAGAAAAGCAGAGCGUUUGCACGAAUCACAUAUCAAAAAUCACCUCGUGUUGUUUCUCAAAUCAUCGCUCAUCGCUCACCAUCUGGAUCAUUUUUUUGCCGUUACGUUGAUGAAGUGUGUGAAUGUGUGUGUUGGUGUGUUUCGAUGCCGGGUGAAGUAAGGACGGUACGUAGCCUUGUUGUCAAUCUCUAUUGGACCUCAGCACAUGUAGCCAGCAGGUCAAAGGUCAAAGGUUUCUCUUUGAUGAAUGGUUUUACCUCUUCUUCCAAAAAAAGUUGACUCCAGAAGUGAAAUGUAGAAAUGUUUCAAGACAACCAUUUUAAACUUGACACGACCAGUACACACCUCAGUCAUAGGAUGUUUCUGUUGCUACGGUUACUGUUAAAAGAAAGUAAAUAUCAUUUUUGUCCGUCAAUCUUUGAAUAUCUUUGAAGUUUAUUUCCAUAUGGUACACUUUGUUUGACCUGUUAUAUAAUUUCUGACAAUGAAAGUGUCUAUUUAUUAUUAUCGCGGUACUCUUUUCUUCUUCCUGUGUUUGAGUUUUUCUCUCAUAUCAAUAUGAAAUGUGUGUUCUGUGCAUGGCCUGAAUGCAGCAACUUUCCCACAGUGUCUCACAUGAUCUACGUGUUGUUUGAUCUGAAAGGCCAUUCUGAAGUAAACAGGAAGUUAGUUAUGUUCAAUGAUAUGAAAGAGCAAAACAAAACUUGGAAACGUUAAGUUACAUUACUCAGAAACCUGUUUCAUUUCCUUUUCUUAAACAUAUCCGUUCAUAUCUGCUAUUAAAAUGUCUAACUGGAUAAAACUAUGAUACCUGUAAUCUGUGCCUGGAUUAGGACAAAUACAUGUCUCUGCUGCAAUGUCACACAUAAAGGUCUGUUUCCUUAUAGGAGCACUAUUCUCUGAAUUCUAAGAAAAUACAACAUGCUAUUGAGUUGCAUUGUGGGUAUUGUUUGAACGUAGGGGCACAUAUAGGUUUAAUUUAGAUAGACACAUACAAGGGAUUCAAAUCAGGAUGUAUCUUGGAUCUGCUGAGUUAACCCCCAUUGUUGUUUCUGUAUGCGAGUCAACUAAAUCCAGAAGCACCCCUUAGAUGCCUUUUCAAAUACAUUUUCAAAAAGAAAGUAGAAAAAGGUCAAAGUUGAUGCAGCAGAGACUUUGAUAUCCUGAGUGUGAGGGAAGACGAGUCCUGCCUGCCAGAGACAGCUCUGAUGCCCCCUUGUGCUCCACUCCUAAUAGAAGUUAUUUUAAAUAUGAUAGUUCAAUCUAUAAUUCUAUAAGAAAUAAGCAACAAUAAGUUAUGAGCAAAAUAUGCUUCCCAUAAGAUUUAAAAAUAGAAAAACACCAGAAAUUAAUGAUGGAUAGGGUUUUUAUUAAUAAACACUUUAAUUACAGAAUGUCCUUUCUCUAAAGUAAAAUACAAUGUAAUAAAACCCCCUAUUGUGAAAAGACCCAUUAUGAAGUUCAAUUUAAUAAACAAAAUAUAUAUUUUCAUUGUGUAUCCAGGUACAGAUUCCUUUAAGUACAUGUCAUAUGGAUAUUGGCACUAGAGAUACAUCUAUGCUUCUGUUAAUGCAGAAAAAAGAAAGUGUAUUUUGUAAUGAUGGAUUGUGACCUUAAACACAACCUGAUUCUCCAAAGCGUCAAAGCACUGAUGUCAUCGAAGCUUCAUCACAAGGAGACGCCGUGUUUGGAUACGAGGCCUCCGGGGUAUUUCUAAGAGCAGGGGAUUACCCGGACACAUAAUUCAAAAGUUGUCAUUUAAUAUUUGAUGGAGUCUAACUGCAGAUGGGGAUCAGGUCAUCCAUCAGAAGCACCUUCUAGGUUUAAUAAGGUAUUUUAUCAAGAGCGGUUAAUCUUCUGUCUAAAACCAAAUGCUUCAGAACACAUUGGCUUUGUAUCGUAGAGUAAAGAACAAAUGAAAAUAGAAAUGUGUCUCUUCUGGUUAGUCUUAUUACAUCCAAUCUACACAAUCAUGUAGAGAUCCUAUUGAAUAUAUAGUCAUUGUUAACAUAAACAGUAGGCCCCUACAAAGGUUCUAACUUUAACGGUAAUGUUCGGACAUUUUGAACUAAGAAGUUGCCGUCAGUGCGGCGAUGCUUUGGAAAACUCAGACUGCAGACUUAAAUCAAAUAAUGUUUCCACAAUUGGAUAAGCUUAAAAGAGGAAUCUAAAUUAAAAUGUCAAUCGAUCCAUUCUGUGCUGCAAAAGGUCAUGUGACUCAGCUUCAGGCAGAACACCAUCAUGUUUCCUCUGUGCUCUCAUUGGUCAGCCAUGCUGCGUCGGACGGUUUGAUGAAGCUCCAUCAUCUUCAUCUUCUUCUGUUUAUCUGUCGCUGUGUGUCCUUCCUCCUCCUGUCUGUAAAUCUGUCUUAUAGCUGAUGUUUAUGAAGAUGCGGUUCUAUUUACAAAAUAAAUACAUUUUUAAGAAACA